UAUCUUAAAAAAUAAGAAGAAGAAUGCAUGGCGCAUUUAUAAAGUUAAAGAAGAAAUCAAAAAUUUACAAAUAAUUCCAUCAUUUGUAAUUUAGUCGGAUCUCGUGGUAAAAUAUAUCAAUAAAUUAUAGAAAACAAGCAAACGCAAGCGUAGUGAAAUAAAUAGAAAAUCUCGUGGUGCCAAAUAGUUAUUUAAAUAGAAGAACAAAGGAAGCAAACAACAAUGGAAGGUCAAGAGCAAUCACACACGCAAACUCAAACGCAAUCAAUCGUAUGGAGUCAGAGUCAGAUUGAAAGUCAGCCAAUAGCCAUAGCCAUUGUUUGGGGUCGACUUUAUGGCAAGAAUGUUAAAAUAAAAUCUUUGGAUUUAAAUAUCGAAAGCUUUGCUGUCGGAAGAGGAGAAACCAAUGAUCUUAUUCUAACAACUAGCGAAUUAUCUGAAAAGUUUUUAAACCGUAUUUCUAAGGAGCAUUUUGUAAUUAAAAGAAUGGGAUGUAACCUUUCUCAUCCCGUUUACAUAAAGGAUCUCUCGCGUAAUGGUACAUUUGUAAAUGGUGAAAAAAUCGGUAUAAAUAAACAACGUAUUUUACAAAAUAAUGAUAUCAUUUCAUUAUCACAUCCUACUUAUAAAGCAUUUGUUUUUGCGGAUCUUGGCCCUAAGGACCAUUUGAAUUUUCCUAAAGAAGUAACUUCGAAUUAUUACAUUGACUGUAAAUUGGGAUCCGGUUCUUUUGGCUUUAUACAUUUAGUUUAUAAUCGUCGCACUUGUGAGAUGUUUGCCAUGAAAAUUGUGAAAAAAAAUCCAUUGACGACUAUCAAUAAUGAAUUCACGAAUUUGAAUGAUCCCAAGCGUGUAUUAAACGAAGCAAAAAUUAUGAAAAAACUACGGCAUCCUUGUGUUGUAAAUUUGUAUGAUAUAUACGAUAAGCCCGACUCGAUGUACAUGAUUUUAGAAUAUAUGAAAGGCGGAGAUUUACUCAACCGUGUUGUGAAUAACAAGCGUCUUUCUGAGAAGAUCUCGAAACUAUAUUUUUACCAAAUCUGCCACGCCGUUAAAUACAUGCAUGAUAAAGGGAUUACGCACCGUGAUCUAAAACCAGAUAAUAUCUUGCUUGCGACUUGUGACGAAGACACCUUAGUAAAGGUUUCCGAUUUUGGUUUAAGUAAAUUUGCACAAAAUGAUUCAGUUAUGAAUACUGUAUGUGGAACGGUGGUGUAUGUAGCGCCGGAGGUAUUAGUCAGUGAAAGCCGCGGAGCCUAUACUAAAAAAGUUGAUAUCUGGAGCCUAGGCGUGGUACUGUUCACUUGUUUGAGUGGAAUGUUACCAUUCUCCGAUGACUAUGGUACACCAGUUAGAGAACAAAUUAAAAGAGGAAAAUUUCGCUUUAUUGGCUCCUCUUGGACAACAGUAUCAAAAGACGCUAUGUCCUUAAUUAAAAAACUCCUGGUGGUUGAUGCUUUACGUAGACCUUCGAUUGAAGAAAUCAUUCAAGAUAAUUGGCUUAAAGAUUCGCAAAUGCUGUGCACUGCGGAUAGAUUAAUGAAAACGGACAGCCCGGAAAUUGAGAAUGAAGAGAAUUUUAUCGAACCACCGGCCAAACGUUUCAAACUAUAAAAGUUUAGACAUAAUUCCCCACAAGAGCUUUUAAAACUUAAUUUAGACUAAUUCCGUAAUCAGUACUUGGUUUAAUUUUAGCAGUUAAAAUGCGUUUGACGAAAUGAUCGAUCAACUUGGACUUGUAUUGUUUUGUAGACGUUCCUUAAACCUAACGUUCAAGUUUCAGAUUUUCUAUCAAACUGUCAUAUGUUUGAAGUAAAGUGCUUUAUUUUCGUAAAAUCUGUUAAGGAAGUUAUUUUUUAGAUAUGAAUAUUUGAAUG